GUACAUUAAACUUUCAACAUAAACAAGAUGGCGGCGCCCAGCGCCAUUACCGGAUCAUUACGCAUAGCGGAUCACUUUGAUGUUCAAGACUGCGUUUUGCGAUAAAUAGUUGAAAUUGUUAGAUGAUAUUUUGCACAUAGCAUCUUCAAGGCCUAUUAUUUAAACGCAUUGAUUGAGUCGUAAUUGGAGCGUCUCUUUGUCAAACAUUUCGGUAUGUUUUGCUGACAUGUAUAUACGACUUUGUUGACUUCUGUCUCGUUUCCAAAUCGAGGUUGAACAUUUUUUGUGGCCACUUGCUAUAACUCUGUUGGAAAGUUCCUCGCCAGACAGUUCACCUGAGAAGGUUAAGCACAAGAAGCUUAAGGCUGAUGAAAUUGUGUUUGAGUUCACAGACGACACGGCCAUGGCCCGCAGCGUUGCAAAGUCAUUGAUCCAGCACAAAGAGUUCAGUGCAACAGACCUAGCUAGAAGGUUUGCUGAAGAAUACUUCCGAGAACCAGGUAGGGGCUAUGGUGGAAGUGUUGCCACAGUGUUUCAUGCCCUCAGAGAGACCAAUUACGAAGACGUGUACCGACCGGCCGCUGGGCAGUUUGAGGGUCAGGGGUCGUAUGGAAAUGGUGGCGCGAUGAGAAUUGCUCCUGCUGCUCUGUUUGCCUGCGCAAAGAAGUAUGACUUUUCAAAAAUUGCUGAGCUGACAGAACAGAUCACUCGUCUGACCCACUCUCACCGGCAGGCUAUCCAGGGCUCCAUUCUCCAGUGCUACAUGGUGAACCAGUGCCUUCUCAGCAGCCACCCGUUACCGGUGGAUGCACUCAUGGAUUCCCUCAUAGACACCAUGAAAAAGCUGGAGGGUGAGGAGUCUGAGGACCAGAAAAACAAGCCUGCAGAGGCAUCUUGUGAGAGAAUGGAGGAGGACACAAAUUCUGAAGAUCGAGUAGAGGCAGGGGAGGCAACUGAUGAAAAAAGCCCAGGGGAGCCAACUCUUAAGACCUAUUGGCAGAAGCUAAACAUAGUGAGAGAAUUUGUUAAAAGAGACACUCAGCCAUCGGUGGAAGAAGUCACCAAACAGCUAGGUGUAUACAUUGCAGCCUUGGACUCGGUACCUGCUGCUCUAUAUUGUUUCUUACGGGCUUUGAAUGAAAUAGAUGGACUUGAGGGUCGAAACGGCUUUGAGAGGACCAUUAUGUACUCAAUAUCACAUGGUGGGGACACUGACACAGUAGCCUCAAUGGCGGGUGCCCUCGCAGGCGCCUACUAUGGACUAGAGAUGAUCCCGUCGUCAUGGCAACAGAGCUGCGAGGGAGUGGAGGAGGCCAAGCGGGAUGCAGCACUGUUGUACGGACUCGGCGAGAAACAUGGUGUAGACAUUGACAGUAAAAUUUGAGUAAAGGCACAUUUAAAGAACAUUUGAAAAUCGGCUUUAGGCUAUUACUAUGAGUACAGAUUCUGGGCGUAGAUAAGUCGAGGCAACACUCCUGUGAUCUCCUUACUUUUUCACAAAGUGCUUUUGAAAGUGCUUUUGAGUUUGGUUUUAUUAGAGUGGAUUUAUUUUACCAGAUUUUCAAUGAUUGAGGCAUGCUGGGAGGCAACAAGGUGUGGUUUCUGGUAAAUAGUGGUCAGGUUGCAUUGACCCACUUUGGAAUACAGCAAGCACGCAUGGUGAACUUACUACAAGCUUGAAAUGGCAUUGAGGGUCAGUCAGUUUACGUUCAAGGGCAAUAGCUAAGGUUUUGAAUUUAAUAAUUACAAAACUGUCAUUUAGAAGCAUCCUUAGGAAAAUGUGCCAAAUUUCAGCUUCACGUGCCUGGUAACUCGACAGAUGCAAACAGAUGUAAUAAUGCACGCAACAAUGGAAUUAGUCCCCAGUUAUUUGAUUUCAAUGUAACAGUGUAAAAUGCAUGUGCAGAAAAAAUAGAUGUUAUAGUGUUCAAUCUUUCGAAAUGUUAGGGCAAAGUUUAAAUAGGGUAUAUUAGAACUGUUUAUUUCAAAAUCCCUGAUCUUUUUUUGUCGCGAUAUGAUAGUGUAAGUUUAAAAUGAUCAGUAAAUAUUGAAAAUCUGGUUUAGUGGAGCUGCUAGGCUUCUGGUCUAUUUCUGGGCCUAAGUGAUCUUGAUGUGUCAAAUGUUGUACAAAUGUACAGCUUUACUGUGAUAUAUUACUUUUGUUAAUGUAUAUAUGUAAUUAGUCCCCUACCGGUUUCACCGGAGGGGACUUACAGUUUGCACUCUUGUGUGUCCGUCAGUCUGUCACACUUUUCUGGAUCCUGCGAUCUUAACAUUUUUCAUAAAACUUGAAACAUGGAUAGAUGGCAAUAUGGACAUUAUGCACGUCAUUUCAUUUUGUUCCUACGUCUAGAAUUCUGGUUGCUAUGGCAACAAAUAGACUAGAAAUACUGCUGAAAAUGGUGUGUUUUUUCUGGAUCCUGCAAUAACUUUAAAAGUUCUUAAUAUUUUUUCAUGAAACUUGAAACAUGGAUAGAUGGCAAUAUGGACAUUAUGCACGUCACUUCAUGUUGUUCCUACGUCAAAAAUUCUGGUUGCUAUGGCAACAAAUAGACUAGAAAUACUGCUGAAAAUGGUGUUUUUUCUGGAUCAUGCGAUAACUUUGAAAGUUCUUAAUAUUUUUUCAUGAAACUUGAAACAUGGAUAGAUUGCAAAAUGUUCAUUAUGCACGUCACUUCAUUUUGUUAUUACGUCAAAAAUUCUGGUUGCUAUGGCAACAAAUAGACAAGAAAUACUGCUGAAAUGGUGUUUUUCUGGAUCCUGCGAUAACUUUAAAAGUUCUUUAUAUUUUUUCAUGAAACUUGAAACAUGGAUAGAUGGCAAUAUGGACAUUAUGCACCUCAUUUCAUUUUGUUCCUACGUCAAAAAUUAGGGUUGCUAUGGCAACAAAUAGACUAGAAAUACUGCUGAAAAUGGUGUGUUUUUUUCUGGAUCCUGAGAUAACUUUAAAAGUUCUUAAUAUUUUUUCAUGAAACUUGAAACAUGGAUAGAUGGCAAUAUGGACAUUAUGCACGUCAUUUCAUUUUGUUCCUCUGUCAAAAAUUAUGGUUGCUAUGGCAACAAAUAGACUAGAAAUAUUGCUGAAAAUGGUGGUUUUCUGGAUCCUGCGAUAACUUUAAAAGUUCUUCAUAUUUUUUUAAUGAAACUUCCAACAUGGAUAGAUGGCAAUAUGGACAUUAUGCACGUCAAUUCAUUUUGUUACUACGUCAAACAUUCUGGUGGCUAUGGCAACAACAAAAAUAUUCUGCCAAUGGUGGAAUUUCUGACAAUGGUGGAGCCGGUAGGGGACUUUUAUUGCUUGGCAAUAGUCUUGUUUACACUGUAAUGCUUCAGUAGUGUGUGUUAAGAACCAUAAUUAAUUAAAUGUCUUUUAAAAUUAAGCAAUAUUAAAAAGAGAACACUUUGCUAUGUUAUUGACAGUAUAAUAGUAUGUUUAUGCAAUAAAUAUGUAAACAUG